UUCUCAGCAGUUGAAUAUGGCGUGUGGUGUAUUUUUUCGAGUUACAGCCAUAAUCAUUAUAAUUAUGGUGUUCACAUAUUUAUUAUUUUUGAUGGCAUAUUCCAUGUCCAAUGUGGAUGAAUCAUCGGCUGGAUCCAUUAAAUACGGGAAUCAUUUCGAAGUUGGUUUAAUGCAUAAUCCACAACAAUUGAACAUUUCAAAACAGCAGAAAAAUCAAUUAGAUGAAGAUAACUUUUAUUGGCCCACUCGUUCAAUUCCAUAUCAAAUGACCACUGAACACACACAAGAACAGCAAGAACAAAUUAAAAAAGCGUUGACUGCAAUUGAAACAGUUUCAUGUUUGAAAUUCAAAUCACGUAUUAAUGAAAGUGACUACAUUCAACUAAGUGCGAAAGAGAUCGGUUGUUUUUCAGCGGUUGGCUAUCUAGGAGGCGCACAAGUGUUAAACUUACAACAGUCGAAAUCUGGAAAAUGUUUCAUUUUUGGAGCAAUAAUUCACCAGUUUUUACAUGCCCUUGGGAUCAAAAAUACGCAUACGCACAAUACUCAAGAUUUGAAAAAUGGCAGUCAUACUGUAAAACCAUUGAACAAAUCGAUUGUGAACUUAAUUGGAGAACGCGAAAAGUUGAGUGAAAUGGAUAUAGCAAUGAUCAAUAAAGCAUAUUGUCAUUAGCGAUGGCAAAGUGUUAC